CAUCCAAGAUAAUGUAUUCACCAAGGACGUGUGUAAAAACGCACAUUCCUAUAGCUGCUGUCUUACUUUGUGCACGCAGUUUCUCUUACUACUUAAGCCAAUCAAUAAAUGAGAGUGCAGCCACUGGCUCUUUAAUAUUAGAGGGAUGCAUAUCUACAGUAGGUGUCACUGUGCUGCUGGCCCAAUGGUUAGUGGUGACUUCAGCUAUUGGCUUAGAACACUGCCUGUCUGACUCCAUCUGCAGGGCUCUAACACCUCCUGUGCUCAGAUCCAUUCAACACACAACUUCAGCCAGCUGACGAGCAAGCAGCACAUCUUGCUACUGCUAACCUGCUUGCUUUGCACAGCAUCACAGCUUCAGGUGAUUCAGUCUCCAGACAGAGGAAAAGCUCUUGCAAGCAAAUGAAACUAGGAGUCAUGAUGGGGAGGAGUUUAACAGAUCAAGUACUGGAUCAAACUUAAAGCUAAUUUCUUAUUCAGCACACAGGAAAAAGGUCACCUUGUCUUUCUGGGGGGGUGGAAAGAAGCACAAUUUCGGCUUUGCUGCUCUCUGUUUAGCACCUUCUGCUCUCUCUGUUACCUAGUUAGGCUAUCUGAUUACACAGGAAAGGAUACUCAUGGUAGAUGAUAAGGGAAAGAACAUGAAAUGUCUCACCUUCUUCUUGAUGCUUCCAGAGACAGUUAAGAACAGGUCCAAGAAAAGCUCUAAGAAGGUAAACAGUAGCAGCAGCAGUAGCAGCAGCAGCAGCAAGUUACCUCCAGUUUGCUAUGAAAUCAUUACCCUGAAGACUAAAAAGAAGAAGAAGAUGGCUGCUGAUAUUUUCCCCCGAAAGAAGCCAGCUAACAGUAACACGACUGCUGUCCAGUACCACCAGCAAAAUAUCAAUAACAACAACAUUAUCCCGGCUCCCAACUGGCAAGGACUAUACCCCACCAUCCGAGAAAGAAAUGCAGUGAUGUUCAACAAUGACUUGAUGGCAGAUGUUCAUUUUGUGGUUGGGCCACCAGGUGGGACCCAGCGGUUGCCAGGACACAAAUAUGUCUUAGCUGUUGGAAGCUCUGUAUUCCAUGCAAUGUUUUAUGGAGAGCUUGCUGAAGACAAAGAUGAAAUCCGUAUACCAGAUGUGGAACCUGCUGCUUUCCUUGCUAUGCUGAAAUACAUCUAUUGUGACGAAAUUGACUUGGCAGCCGAUACAGUUCUGGCCACUCUUUAUGCUGCCAAGAAGUACAUCGUUCCUCAUCUUGCCCGAGCAUGUGUGAACUUCCUCGAGACGAGCCUGAGUGCAAAGAAUGCUUGUGUGCUCCUCUCCCAGAGCUGCUUAUUUGAGGAGCCAGACCUGACUGAGCGCUGCUGGGAAGUGAUUGAUGCCCAGGCAGAGCUGGCUUUGAAAUCGGAAGGGUUCUGUGACAUUGAUUUUCAAACACUUGAAAGCAUCCUCCAAAGGGAGACCCUGAAUGCCAAAGAGAUUGUGGUUUUUGAAGCUGCUCUUAGCUGGGCCGAAGUGGAGUGCCAACGACAAGAAUUACCUGCUAGCAUUGAGAACAAACGCAAAGUCCUUGGGAAGGCGCUCUAUCUCAUUCGCAUCCCUACAAUGGCGCUGGAUGACUUUGCAAAUGGGGCUGCACAGUCGGGCAUCCUGACCCUCAACGAAACAAACGAUAUCUUCCUUUGGUACACAGCUGCCAAGAAACCAGAGCUGCAGUUUGUGAGCAAUGCCCGAAAAGGCCUCGUCCCACAACGCUGUCAUCGGUUUCAAUCUUGUGCCUACCGCAGCAACCAGUGGCGCUACAGGGGGCGCUGCGACAGCAUACAGUUUGCUGUCGAUAAGAGAGUGUUCAUUGCCGGCUUUGGCCUGUAUGGCUCUAGCUGUGGGUCGGCAGAAUACAGUGCAAAGAUUGAACUCAAACGCCAAGGUGUUAUCCUAGGGCAAAACUUGAGCAAGUAUUUCUCAGAUGGAUCUAGCAACACUUUCCCGGUAUGGUUUGAGUAUCCGGUGCAGAUCGAACCAGAUACCUUUUACACAGCUAGUGUGAUUCUUGAUGGUAAUGAACUCAGCUAUUUUGGACAGGAAGGAAUGACAGAAGUUCAGUGUGGCAAAGUAACUGUGCAGUUCCAGUGCUCUUCAGACAGUACGAAUGGCACUGGGGUUCAGGGAGGGCAGAUUCCAGAACUUAUCUUUUAUGCCUGAAAGAAGAUGGUUCCCAGAACAACAGGAGUGUGAUUAUAUGAUGUAUAUGCCUGGUUUGGACCUGUUUGAUGCUUCACUUUUUGUCUGCAGAUAUGUGAUCAGUAUAGGUAAUAUGUUCGUAAAUACAUUUAACAGUUUUAAGGCUUGCUGUACUUCUACAGCAGAAAUGUAAUGUUCAUAUUUGACUGGAAGGUCCCAAAAACAUGCAGACGACAAAUCAAGGGACCAUAGUUUCCCAGCCUUAACACAGAUAGGAUUCAUAGGGACGUGCAAAAAAUCCAACGGACGGAAUCAAUUUGAAUCAAAAUGCUUGCACAGAAUGAGAUUCGUUCGAAUCGAUUCAAAUUUGCCUGAAUUUGAAUGAAAUUCAUAUUGAAUUCAAGUGAAUUUGAUUUGAGUUCAGGCAAAAUCCCAUUCUGUGCGAGCAGUUUUGAGUCACAUCAGUUUGGCUGAACUUUUUGCACAUCCCUAAGUUUCACUUACUUGUGGAAGAAGAGCAAAGUUAUCCUUUCCUUCUAUGCUAGGCAUCAGUGGCUCCGCGUCGGCUUUUUCAGUUUUAAAAAAUAUUCUGCCAAUUGGAUGCCCAGUUGCACUUACACUUAAUGCUGAUUUAGCAGUCUCUGCACCAAAAUCAAGUUUGGUAGAGGGAAUGCCUGUCAGACAGUACAGUUCUUACCUUUGGGGUAAGAACCCCUUUAGGGUUCUCUAAGCUAAUCUGAUGUGGGGAAGUGUUCUAAGUUUUAAUUGGGAUGGUCUGUUUCUUUCCGCAUAACUGAAUCAAGAUGUGGAAUAUAAAAGAUCUAAAGCUGGGGUUAACACUUGGCUGCCCUGUAAAUAUGGGCCCCUUUCACUUAGCCAGCUGUGCUGGGAAUGACUGCAACAGAAAGUCAGCCUCUUCAAGGAGCAAAGUGGUUUAUGUACAGAUGAAAGAGACAGCUGGUCCUUGCUUUCUUCAUCACCAGAGCUCCUCCUCAGACACACUUUAAGUCUGGGAACACUGGCUUACAUGCAUCCCACUUGUCUGGUAUUGGAUUAUUGCAGUGAAAUGAAGGGCACUUUACACCAUUACAGAGCUUAGAUUUUAGCAGAUUCCUGGUUUCUAAAAAAGUAUUUCCCCAUGUAGUCAAGGCUGACUGUUAUAAUGAAGGUCUUUUAUGGGUCCGGUCCUUUUUAAAAAAUGUAUUUAUUAAGUGUCACAAUAUUUUGCAAGAAGUACAAGUAAAUCAUUCAUUUUGUGGCUAUAAUGCCAUAGCAAAUUGCUAUAAUUUGCUAUGGAAUGUUUUAAUUCUAUGGUGACAUUUUUUGUCCACUUGUAACUCAAGUUUGAAUGUUAUUAAUGCUGUGCAAAUUAACUAAUUGGCUAGUUAAAUGGGUAGAAGCUGGUAGAUUCCAAACACCUCUCCCUUUCUGGGUAAAGCAACAAAUAUUAGGCUGGACGCAGUGCAAUAACACUUAGAAUGUUGUGAGUUUUUAAAAAAAAUAUUCACAAUAACACUUAGAAUGUUAUGGGUUUUUAAAAAUAUAUAUAUAUUCACUCUAGGUUUUUGCAGAUACCUAGAAUUUCUGGGAUUUAAAAAUUUUCCAAUUGUUGCCCAUUCAGGCAUUCACAUCUGUAGGCGUAAGGUUGUGUAAUUACAGGACCAGACGGAAACAUCGCUGGAGUCAAUGCUGCUUGUAGUUUUCUCUGUAACUACUAGAGACUACUUUUUAGCACAGUGGUUAAUGGUUGCUUUGGUUGGCAUCUAUUUCUACACUGCCUAGAAUCCCCAUUAAGAUGACUCUCUAAAGUAUUCCUGUUUACCUCUUGUAAAAUUCUGUUAUAUGUAGGCUUUCUUUUUGUGUCAUUAUAAUGAAAUCCAUACCUGCUAGCACUGUCUGAAAAAUGGACAUUUGUGACUUCUGUUUUGUCUGCUAAUUUGUGAUCUGACAAUUUUCAUUCAGAGCUAAAAUGCAGGUUUUCAUUGUCCAGAAGCAUUUUUUCUCUUUAAAUUGGUUGUCAGGUUUCCUGCAGAACUGUCUCCAUUCUUGGCAGAAAAGGGCUGCAGGCUGGCUGGUAGUAAAAAUGGAAGGAAAUGAGCAUAACUGAAUGAUACUGAGCAAUUUCAUGUUCAUGAAAUAAAAAGGCAGCCUUUCAGAAAAAGAUAACCCAUAAUUCUUUCUGCUAGAAAGUUGCUUACUGGAGGAUUCCAAAACUAAUUUGUCCCAAUGAUGCCAUAUCUGCAAAGUGGGUUUCCAGCCCCGCCCACAAUGUUUUAGGUUGAGGUCCAAGUGAUUUCUUCAGUAAGGUAAAUGUGAAUACCUCUCUUACUGUACUUCUGUACCCUAAUAUGAAGUUUAAUCAUCAGUAAAAUUGGUUUUCCAUCUUGUUUAUUAUCUGUCAACAUAAAAAGACUGGGCUGGAUGGACCAGUGGUCUGACUCAGUAGAAGGCAGCUUCCUAAGAACUUUUCCCUGGUGAAAUCCUGGUUUUUAGUAAUUUUCAAGUGCCAUUGAGUAUCUACAGUGUCCAGAAAAUGGUUUGGCAUUACAAAUCUAGGUUAGACAUGAGAAAAUGUAAAGUGAAAGCCAACCAUUUUUCAUACUUGGAGAAUAUAAAGAAAAGCCUAGAGCCUCAGAGUCAGGCGGCAUAUAUAUUUAUUAAAUAAAUACAUAAAUAAAUACAAGGUGGAGGCUAGUCUCUCACUAUUUAGCUAAAAUUAUAUAAUAUAAAACAAAUUUAUUUUUUUUCAGAAGUGUAAAUACUCUCGGAAUGUAUAGGAGUUCUUUUUCAAACAGAUGUACAUGCAUACAGUCUUGCAUCUUGAGAGCCUGUCUAGUGUAAGUGGCUAGAGAGGUGUACUUAAGGCUGGGGAGACUCGUGGGGUGACUUUUCCUCUAGAAAUCUCACCGAAGAACUCUAGAUAGCCCUCCUUUGGGGGUACUCUAGCUCUGGAAUUCCUGCAUUGAGCUGGGAAUGAAACUAGAUGGCCUACAGUGUCAUGAUUCUAUGGGUCAAAUCCCUGCUUGGCCACAAAGCUUACUAGGCAAACUGGGAUCAUUCACACGCUCUCUGUUUGACCAAAAGUAGGGGGACCCAAGUGAGCUACCCUGAGCUCUUUGGAGAAAGGGGCACAACAACAAUAUGAUAGAUAUCUGUGCAUCAUGUUCUUGAAAAAAGCGCCUGCAAAGUGUUUCCCAAAGUAAUUAUCUAAAAUUGACCUGUCUUUCCCCUAAUAAACAUACAAUGAAAUAGCAUAGCUUGAGGAAGGUAUUACAGUGUUGCCAAAUAGUGGUCAGCUGUUUGGGGACACUUUUAGCCUAUUAUCAGAUACAAGGAACCCAAUUUCCAGACUUUAGUCACAUGGCCCUUCCAUUGCCUUGUGCCCACGUGGCCUCUAGAUGGCGAAUGCAUAUUGCUGCUUUAUUUCUGCCCCUCUGAAGCACAGAGUUGUCUAGAGCAGGGAUUCUCAAUGUUGGGUCCCCAAAUGUUAUUGGACUUCAACUCCCACAAUCCCCAGCCAAAGGUCACUGGGGCUAGGGAUUGUGGGAGUUGAAGUCCAAUAACAUCUGGAGACCCAACGUUGAGGACCAGGUUUUGCCCACAAUGGCUUGAUAGCUAAAUGUAGCACUUUAUAUAUCCUAUAAACACGAGUGGCUGCCAUUUGCUUUUAUGAGAAAAAGGAACUGGGUGUGGUCAGGGAUGUGAUUGUGGCGUCUGGGCAGAUGAGGCUGUCUCUGGCACAGGCUGCACAGCCUGGCCUCUCUGAACAGGGCACCAAAAUGCACUGUGCACUCGCCCUCAUCCCCCUACCCCUUCGCAGCCACUUUGACGAGCAUUCUGCAAGUUUUAAAAUAAACCUGGAAGCAGAAGAGAAAAUCACUGAACACUUUUGUACCCAGCUAUGAAUAAAUAUUUAGUCGACGUGAGCAGUUCUUAUACUGUAGUGCAAUGGCAAAUGACAUUUGUUUCUUGACUCUGCAUUUGAAUGCACCCGCCUCUGUCUUUACUACACAUGCCUAAUGCCAAUGAAAUGUAAAUGUACUGUAUUACCAGAGAGCAAAUAUGGUAACGUAGGAUUGUCUUAACUAUUAAUUGAGAAACUGGUUUCUUUCAAGAAGAUAGGGGAGUCAGAGGCGUAGCUCUGUGUUAGGUGGUAUAUGCCUACUACACCUGAGUCACUUGAGCGGAUCAAGAGGCCUGGAGCUGCCCAUUCCAAAUGUUAAAGAGCUGAGUUUUCCGUUUGUGGAAUUUUGGCUUCAAAUUGAUACAGUUCUGAAGUGCAUGAAAUGUUUUUCUUGCAUUCCAGACACAUACUUCAUAGAUGUUUAAAGGUUUUCUCUGCAGUGUCGAAAGCUACUAACGUUUACAGCUGCCACAUGAGAGUGGCAGAGAGUGCCCCCUCCCUAACUUGGGAAUCUAUGCUGCAGAGUCGGUGAUGCCUCCUACAUCAUUACGUAUUUGAAUUCUUCUGCCUGGUGCACAUUGUCUUAGGUGCCUCAAACAAUGGAAUUUACACGACGUGACAGUUUUUCAGUUUUAAUUUCUUUUAAAACUGCAAUUUAAAUCUGGGACCACUUCUGAGAUGAAUUACUGUGAAAGCUAGCCGUGGGAUCAAAAUGAAAAGUCAGAGUACUAAUAUGUUGAUAAUGAAAUGUCAUCUCUUUGGGAUGGGUUGGUCUAUUCAUAAACUUGGCUCUUGAGUACAUGAAGCACUAUCAGGGAAGCUUGCAUUUUUUCAGGAGCCGAGGAUUUCAGAGUUGGUGUCUGUAUGAAUGAAUGAAUAAACUUUAUUACAAUCAUAGAUCAGACAGGUUGGUGUCUAUAGACAACUUCAUGAAAUCCAUCCAAAUUUUUGCUAUCGAAAGUUACUUGUUAGCCAUAUAAAUGACAAGGUUCUGAGGAAGGGCUUAGCCAGGGACUGCACCUUCUUACUCACCUGGUCCCUGGGCAAUUGUUACUUUCCCAGAAGCAACCUGGUAAGAGUCUUGGGGGCACAUGCCUUCCCCUGAGGGAAGGUAACGUGGAUAGUUGCCUGUCCUGCAUUUACUUGAAUGCAGGAUAACUCUGGCUGCAGGAUCUGACCUUGCCCCUGUAUGCACGAAUUACAGAACUCUUACCAGUCUAAGGUGCUUCAUAGGAGAGUAACAUCUGAGCAGGACUUGUGUCUGAGUACAAAAUUCACUUUAGAAUGAAAAGAAGAAAGUGCCCAAUGAAACAGAAGAAAAUACCAAAUUGAAAAUAAUUACAGGGUCAUUAUUUAGCAUCUCUGAAACAAGAAAGGGACCUUGUGUGUGCAGAGACUUCCCUGUUCCCAUCGUUGAGCUAGGGGUGG